AAUCUUCCAAAAUUAGACGUCGAUGCCCUGCACAAGUUCUCCAAAAGUGUGAUAGUCAAAGUUGACCAAAGUGCUUUCUUUAAAAUGCCAUUCCUAUCACAAGAUUCACUGGAGAUCAACUGGUUUAGAGACAGCUCUGAGCUUUUUGAUGGUGGCAGCAUAAAAACAGUAAAAGAUCUUAACCAUAGCCGUCUUCAGAUAAAAGACUGUCUGCGAUCUGACUCGGGGGAAAUUAAGAUCCAAUUAAAAAAACCUUUUGGUACAGCCGAGGCCUUUUCAAGGCUUAUUGUGCUUGACAAACCGCGACCACCACAAGUGAUAGACAGCUCAUUGUCUGUAAUUGAAUUGAAAUGGAAACCCAGUGACAAUGAAGGCUCACAUGUGACGAAGUAUAUGGUGGAGUGUCAGCAGGUCGGCCAGAAUGUGUGGAAGAAGGUUUAGGAUGGUUCAGCUGACCGCUUGUCCUUUAAAGAUAGAAAUGUUGCCCAAGGCAAGAAAUACUUCUAGCGAAUCUACACGGAGGGUAUCAGUGAGGCUUUGGAGACAGAAAACAUCAUGGAAGAAGCAACUGCACAAUCUUCCCUGGUCAACCAGGUCCUCCCAAGGUGA